AUGGCGGCGGCGGCGGCGGCGGCGGCGGCGGCGGUGGCAGCGCUGGGCCUCAGCGGGUGUGCCAGAGACCAGAUGCUUCAGAACCCCACAGUCCACAGUGGGCAGUCGAAGGCAGCUAUGUUGCUGGCAGAAAAGCUGGGGAGAAGCCGCCAGGGCUGCAUCAUCACAGCAGGACAGGCUGAACAGCUUCCCUAUGGCUCCAUGUCCAUCCGCUGGCCCGGCCGCUCUCUCGGAAGCCAUGCCUGGAUACUCAUAGCCAUGCUGCAGCUUGCAGUCGACUUCCCGUCCUGUGACUCGUUAGGCUCAGGGCCUGAGUUCCGGCUCCUGUCUCGUCCACAGAGGCCCCAGCGGCUGUGGAGUCUGCGAAGCGGACCCCCAACAAGGCUACCAACACCAGCCUGGAGUCCCCGUGCUGCCCGGGCCGAACGUGCCCAUGGGUCCAUACAGAUGCAGACUCCCCGUGCUCGGAGGGCCCACAGGCCCAGGGACCAGGUGGCCACCCUCGGACCCAAAGGGGGACUCACCAAGCCCCCUGCUGCCACGGGAUCCAGUCCUUCCCUCACCUCUGCGUCGGCCUCAUCCUCCAUGGUGGCUGCUGGCACUGCAGAGCAUCAGAGCCUCGUAAGGCGGAGUAGGAGGCACACGCUUGAUGCAGAGUUCAAUGAUUUCGACUUUCGUGGCGGCAGGCCCACGACAGAGACAGAAUUUAUAGCCUGGGGGCCCACAGGGGACGAGGAAGCCCUAGAAUCCAACACUUUCCCCGGUGGCUUCGGCCCCACCACGGUCUCCAUCUUGCAAACACGGAAGACAACUGUGGCCACCACCACCACGACGGCCAGCACGGCCACCACCAUGACAUUGCAGACUAAGGGGGUCACCGAGUCCCUAGAUCCCUGGAAAAGGACCCCUGUUGGGGUUAGCACAACAGAGCCUUCCACCAGUCCCAGCAACAAUGGGAAAGACAUCCAGCCCCCAAGGAUCUUGGGGGAGACCUCAGGUCUGGCUGUACAUCAGAUCAUCACCAUCACCGUCUCCCUCAUCAUGGUCAUCGCUGCACUCAUCACAACUCUUGUCUUAAAAAAUUGCUGUGCCCCAAGCGGGCACACUCGGAGGAACAGCCACCAGCGGAAGAUGAACCAGCAGGAGGAAAGCUGCCAGAACUUAACAGACUUCACCCCGGCCCGGGUGCCCAGCAGCGUGGACAUCUUCACGGCCUAUAACGAGACGCUGCAGUGUUCCCAUGAGUGUGUCAGGGCAUCCGUGCCCGUGUACGCCGAUGAGACGCUGCACUCGACAGGGGAAUACAAGUCCACGUUCAAUGGAAACCGAUCCUCAUCUGCAGAUCGGCAUCUCAUCCCUGUGGCCUUUGUGUCUGAGAAAUGGUUUGAAAUCUCCUGCUGACUGGCCGAAGGCUUUUUACCUCCUGGGGGCGGGGCAGACGCCAUGUGUCUGUUUCAUGGAUUCCGUUGGUGAACUUGUACAAACAAAACAACAAAACAAAAAAUUAUAAAACCUAAAACUAAACUAUCUAAGGAGAGGGUCCCGCACCUGCCGCUUCUGUUGCCCGUGGGAAACUCAGCAGAGCAGGACACCCAAGGCCAAAUCUAUUUUUGUAAAAUUGCUCGUGCCUAGGGGCGCUCCCUUCUCCCAGAGUUUUCUUCGGAGAGCAGAAAGAAGAAAUGCAAGAAGCGACUAGAGACAGCAGAGAAAGCAAGCAGAAGGACAGGAGACAGCUCCCGACGCCUGGGACUCGCACCACGAUUCUGAACCUGUGCCAAUAAUACCACUAUGUGCCAUGUAAUGACCCGGAAGCUCGGCCGGAGCCGAGCCCAGCGAACCACGCGGAGAAAUCUUACAGAGGACAGGGGUGGGGGAUCACUUCCGGUAGAGUCACUAUUUCUGGUUAAUAUACAUAUAUAAAUAUAUAAAUACCAACACACAGACACACACACCUUUUUUGUACUGUAGCAAUUUUUGAAGAUCUUCAAUGUUCCUUUUUAAAAAAAAUUGUGUUAUAGUUACAAAAUUUGAUUUAUUUAACAUGCUUAGUAUGAACAGAAUAAACUCGUGUUUUGUACUUGGGCAACUCACAUCACACGCUGCACACACACA